AUGAAUGAUAGUGGAGACUACACCCAGAAUGACGGAUAUGGAACUAGAAUAAGAAACAGAACUGAUGCGUUGCAGCUGCAGCGACUAGAGGGAGUUGCGGCUGAGACACUGAAGCCAAACAGAGCCAUGCGAAUCAAACUGGGAGAGGAGCUAGGGAUGACACCAAGACAGGUGCAAAUUUGGUUUCAAAACAAGAGGGCGAAACUGAAGAAGCAGGCGAAUGGAAACAGCACGAGGGUGCGGGAUAUCAGGGAGAAGAAGAGAGUUGCGAAGUACGCAAACCACUCGUAUGGGGCAGAGUGUACGAGACACCUCUUCCAGAACGAUGAGUUCGAUCAUGAUCGAUACUAUGGAUCACGAUUCAUUUCUGAUGCAUCCCAGGAUCAGAGCUACAUUCUGGACGAGAUUCCUGGCUGCUAUGAGACACAGGCUGAUCAGAUUGCAUCGAAUGCGUACAACACGAACUACGUUGAUGAAAUAGACGAGCAGAACAUGUAUCCGUGGUGCUACGACAACCAGUAUGAGCCAUCAUAUGCCAGGCAUCCGUACUAUUUUCAGGAUGAAUUCAUUGAAGGAGAUAUCAGCGAAGCAGAAGAAGAGAAGGGAUGA